CGGUAUGAUUCUUCCUUCCUCUCUCUCUCUCUCUCUCUCUCUCUCCGUGUUUAUCUCCCCCCCCCACCGCUCUCUCUCUCUCUCUCUCUAUCCAACCAAACUCAUCUAGGCUUAAUUUUCUAUAAACUUUUGAACUUUUCACCAUAGCAGGUUGUGGACACUGCAACGCGAAGAGUAGGAGUACAUUUCGAGAGCUUGUUUUGUAAAUGUUAACAUCGUCUACUAGUCAAAGGGAGAAGUGUUCCUCUGUAAGGAGAAAAUUGAUGGAGGAGAAUAGACUAAAGGACAUCUGUUUGGAUUAUAUAGCAAAGAAUAUUGACAUUAUAAUAGAGUUUGUAAAUAGGACAAAUGCAACUUUACCUCAUGGAAUUUCAGAGAAAAUAUUCGAAUGUUUGGAAGAGAAAGAUUUCGGCAUAAAAGAAGAAUAUUUAGAAUUCUUUUCUUCCAAUGGAAAAUUACUACAGAACGUACGAUUAUACGGCCGUAGAAUAAAGCAUAAAUCAUCUCUACGUUUCCUCAAAUAUCAUCCUAUAAAGAAUUUAAUAAUUAGAAAUUUACAACAAUUAACUAUAGCCGAAUGGUUAAAUUACGUUAAUAAAGAGACAUUAGAAACUUUAAGCGUUUCCGGUUGUCAAUUUUCAGAGGUAGAAGUUGAUUUAUACCCAAAGAGUCUACCAACGCAAGCCGACUAUCUAGGAGGAUUUAAUAGUCUAAUUAAAUUAGAUGUCAGCUAUACGGAUUUCGAAGAUGCUCACUUCAAAGUUGUUUGUAACGAAUACGUUAAUUUAGAGGAAUUAGAUAUAUCAGGAACAUUAGUUAAAUGUUUAGGUUGUUUAACGAAAUUGGAAAGAUUAAAAGUAUUUAAAUUCUGUACAAGGAGAUCUUUGUUGAAUUGGAACGAAUAUACAAAUCUAUUGUACUUGAAACAUCUUCAGAUAAUCAACAUUGGAAUGUGCCUUGGAGAUUACGAAGCUAAUUCGGUCGAUAAGGCAUUUUGCGAAUGGUUAUAUCAUUUCCUGCAGCAGGCUCAAUGGAACGAUUUACAAAGUAUUAGUAUUUCCGAAUAUGGUGAUGUCGAUUUGAAUAUUUUAAGGAGAUUUAUAGACAAUCAUCCAAACUUGAAAUUCUUUGGACUCGACGUGAAUAAUGUUACUAAACACUUGAACGAACUCGGUAGCAUUUCAAAUGUUAUAUACGCUUCCUGCUAUUCGAACAAAUUAUCUGAAAUAAUCAAUGUAUUCUUUUCGCCUUAUUCCACCUAUAUUUUUGAAGUUUUCAACGAUCAAACAAUGGCUCUAUUUCACGUAUUUUCAAUUGAAAUUAAACGUAUGAAAAAGCCUGAUAGAGUAGAAUAUUUCAAUUCUUUAAAUAUGGACGAACUAUGGAGGAUUCUAUUAGCUAUUAUUGACGAACAUAAAACCAUCAAUUUUAAACAUUGGGUUAGAGAUAAUAACAUCCUCUUUAUCAUUCAAGCUUUUGAAUUAAUUAAAAAGAUGAGAAUUCUACCUGGCUAUAGGCAAAAUUGGAUUAGAGUUAUUAAAAUAUCUUGCCAAAUAAUUGAAUUAUAUUACGACUUAAAAGAGCCUGCCGAAGAUUUUUUACCAUUUAGACUUAUAUCAUCGAUUUUCCUCCACUUUUACGAUUUAAUUCAUUUAGUUGCAAAUAAACUGAAACUAGUUACGAUGCUAUUCGGAUUAGUUGGAGAAAAUUCAGUUGUUCGUAACGUUCUAGCUCUUAUACACCGGCUCAUUGACGAAGUUGAUUUUACAACUGUAAGAUAUCGAUCGAUUAUACCGUUUUAUAUAUUACGUAAUUUGUGCUUUUUACCAUUUGUAAAGCUUAAUGAAAGCGAACUACACGAAAUGAUUAACAACUUUGGUAUCUUUCGAAAUAUUCUCGUCAGAUCCUACCAUCCCGAUCAGCCGGUACUUUUUGAGAAAAUUCACGACAUCGUACACGAAGGAUUGUUAAAUUAUAAACAAUUUUACGGAACGCAACAUUUGUUCAUUGAAUCGGAGUCAAAGUUGAUUGUUGAUGAGAAAACUGGUAAAUAUUUCAACGAGAACAGAAAGAAUACAUUUUCCUAUGUGGGCUAUAUGUGCUUUUUAUAUUUAUUUACAAUGAACGGAAUUACUAGACCUUAUGAAUUCGUUGGCGAAAUUAACAUACAUUCGGAAAUUGAGAAAUCAUCGCAAAGGAAUAUGGGCAGGAAUGUUACAUUCUAUUUUAAAGAAGACUACGUUCUUGAAUUGGUUCUUCGGGUUACCUGUUUAGACAACUAUUUCGGUGAUUAUUGUACCUGUAAAGGUAGAAGGAGGAAAACUGACAUUUGCUUUAAAAAUGGUACCGUUCUCUGUAAAUUAACUAAUCAACCUUACACGCAUGUCGAAGAGGAAUGUAUUGAUACGAGAAUAUCGCAGUUAACCGUCGCAAUCUAUAUACAAUCCGUUCAAUUAACAAACAAAGUAUCGUGUAAGGAAUACGACGACUGCAGUCUUAACAAUACGAGAUUUUGCUUUGGAUUGCAUAAUAAAUACGAAAUAGUUUGCGACGAUUAUCAAUUCAAUCGCAAUUCGAACAAUAGUAAAGAAUUUCUACCAGUUGACGUUAAAUCUAUGAAAUUUCAUAUUGGAAGUAGAAAAUUCAUGUACUUGGGUACCGAAGUUCAACUAUUCAAGAAUCAAUCUUUGUUCACUCUCUACGAAUCUUUCGAUAAAACAUUAUAUAUAAAAAACAUCAAGAAUCAUUCGAUUAUCGUGAUUUUAGGCGACUUUGAUAAACUUGAAUUUACAUUGCGAUUUGAAUGUUCGAGAACUGGAGCCCAUCCUAAUCUGAAAUCAUGGUGGUCUGUCGACUUGGAAAGAGAGUACGAGAUAACCAGCGUAUGCCUUUUAAAUACAAAUGGAAUCGAUUAUGAUAAACUAAGUAAUUUUCAAGUAAGCGUUGGUAAUUUUCCACUUGAAACGUCUAAUAUAUGCACAACAUAUUCUGGAACUGUCCCUGAGCCUCAAAAUUCUAAUGAAUAUAUAUGUUUUAACUGCCAACAAGAUUCAAUAGGUUCUUUUUUAACAAUACAACAUUUGGACGAGGGAAAGAAUUUAAUACUAUGCGGUGUAACGGUAAAUGGUCAAUCGGAAAAGCCUUCUAAUAUUGCCUCUAUCAAUCAACCGCAUUUUGUGGCUUUUGGAGGAAAAACUUCUUCUACGAUACACGCCUUCGAUAAGUUUUACGGAUCAUUCUUCUCCACCAAAACAACCGAUCUCAAUUAUAAGAGGCCAUUUCUGAGGAUUGAUUUACACGAAAGCCGCCUUAUCUACGGACUUAUCAUCAUUUCUGCUGAAGAUGGUUUGUAG